UUAGGGCCCUCCCCCCAACUUAUGAUUUUAUAGCCAAUAGGUGAUGAGGUUUAUUUGCAUAUUUCCAGUCACAUAAGCAGCCGUGGAGUGGAAACAGUGUCAGACUCGAUUCCUCCUCCUCCGAGGAAACCUGCCGCUUUUAGCUGCCCUGCCCUUCCCUUAAAAGGGCGACUUGACCGGCACCGAACCGCGCAGCUCCAGCCUGCUCCUGCCUCGGGCUCCGCGGUCCAUCGGUCUGUCCGCGUUUGUUCCCGUGACCUGUAGCGCCUACAGAGAGGGACGCGCCUGGAGAUGGAGAGCAAAGCGCUGCUCCUGGUGGCUCUGGGCGUGUGCCUCCAGAGUCUGACCGCCUCCCGAGGAGGGCUGGCCGCCGCCGACAAAAUUACAGGAGGAAGUGAUUUUACGAACAUUGAAAGUAAAUUUGCUCUAAGGACCCCUGAAGACACAGCUGAAGACACUUGCCACCUCAUUCCUGGAGUGACAGAAUCUGUGGCUAACUGCCACUUCAACCACAGCAGCAAAACGUUUGUGGUGAUCCAUGGCUGGACGGUGACAGGAAUGUAUGAGAGUUGGGUGCCAAAACUUGUGGCUGCCUUGUACAAGAGGGAACCCGACUCCAACGUCAUUGUGGUGGACUGGCUGUGGCGGGCCCAGCAGCAUUAUCCGGUGUCUGCCGGGUACACCAAGCUGGUGGGAAAGGAUGUGGCCACGUUCAUCAACUGGAUGGAGGAGGAAUUUAACUAUCCUGUGGACAAUGUCCAUCUCUUGGGGUACAGUCUUGGAGCCCAUGCUGCAGGCGUUGCAGGAAGCCUGACCAAUAAGAAGGUCAAUAGAAUCACUGGCCUAGAUCCAGCUGGACCUAACUUUGAGUAUGCAGAAGCUCCCAGCCGCCUUUCUCCUGAUGAUGCGGAUUUUGUAGACGUCUUACACACAUUCACCAGAGGGUCACCUGGCCGAAGUAUUGGAAUCCAGAAACCUGUGGGGCAUGUUGACAUUUAUCCUAAUGGAGGCACUUUUCAACCAGGAUGUAACAUUGGGGAAGCUAUUCGUGUGAUUGCAGAGAAAGGCCUUGGAGAUGUGGACCAGCUCGUGAAGUGCUCCCAUGAGCGCUCCAUUCAUCUCUUCAUCGACUCUCUGCUGAAUGAAGAAAAUCCCAGUAAAGCCUACCGGUGCAAUUCAAAGGAAGCCUUUGAGAAAGGGCUCUGCCUGAGUUGCAGAAAGAACCGUUGCAACAACUUGGGCUAUGAGAUCAAUAAGGUCAGAGCCAAAAGAAGUAGCAAAAUGUACCUGAAGACCCGUUCUCAGAUGCCCUACAAAGUCUUCCAUUACCAAGUAAAGGUACAUUUUGCUGGGCCUGAGAGUGAUACCCAGACCAACCAGGCCUUCGAGAUCUCUCUGUAUGGCACUGUGGCCGAGAGUGAGAACAUCCCUUUCACCCUGCCUGAAGUUUCCACCAACAAGACAUACUCCUUCCUAAUUUACACGGAAGUGGACAUUGGAGAGCUGCUAAUGUUGAAACUCAAAUGGAAGAGCGACUCGUACUUCAGCUGGUCCGACUGGUGGAGCAGCCCCGGCUUUGCUAUUGAGAAGAUCAGAGUAAAAGCAGGAGAGACUCAAAAGAAGGUGAUCUUCUGUUCCAGGGAGAAAGUGUCUCGUCUGCAGAAGGGAAAGUCGUCUGUGGUAUUUGUGAAAUGCCACGACAAGUCUCUGAAUAAAAGGUCCGGCUGGUGAGUAUCAUGGAUGGAGCC